AUGGCACUGAAGACAGGUGUCAUUGGCCCAGCGGGCUUUGGUGGCUCUUAUCUGACUGUUGAGUUGCUGAACCGUGGCCAUUCUGUACGCGGCAUCUCAAGGAACCCUGAAAAGAUAGGAAGACAUGACGGCUAUGAAGCCUAUUCCAUUGAUAUUGCUGGAUGCACGAUUGAAAGUCUUAUCAAAGCCUUCAUUAGCCUAGAUGUGCUUGUCAAUGAGAUUGGACCGCACACAGCAGGCGAGAGUGCUUUACAAUAUCAGUCAUUUAUUGAGUUGACCAGAAAGAUCAUCAUUGCAGUCAAGGCCGCGCGUGUCGGCUACUUCAUCAUGGUAGGGGGCUGUGGAUCGCUCCAGUUACCGGGGCAAACACUCCAAACCUGCUUGGAGAGCAAAGACUGGUGGCUUGCAUACCGUAAAGGUAUCGCAGACAGCGAGGCUCACGUUGCCUACAUGGAAGAAAGACUAGGCUCGCUUGGUUCGUCCCUGCGCAGCUAUCGCCAGGCGCGGCUCCUGGUGCAAAGCGGUGGCGACGAUGAGGCUGCGCGCAAGACCAUUGAGGACUACGAGGCCGCGGUACUGCGAAACGACAAGGCACUGACAUUUGUCACGGCGUGUCGGACGAGCUACAUGUUCUUUGACGGAAACACAUCAUUUCGUUGGACCUUUGUCUCUCCAUCUGCCCUCUAUCGUCCCGGAAAGAGGACCGGCCACUACGAGGUCGUGUUCGAUGAGGUACCUUUGAAGCCGGCACGAGACAAUGGGAGCGAUGAUGGAUUAGACGGCAGGCUCCAUGGUAUAACCGCGUCGGACCUGGCGAUUGCAAUUGCAGACGAGGCCGAGUGGAAGGAGAAAACAUUCAGGCACUGGAGCGCUUUUGGAGACCUAUCGGAUGAUACUCCGACGCCCUCGUAUGUCAUUUUGAAGGGGUAA